UUGCUCCGUAAACCUUUCUAUAAAGUUCCUUUCGUCCCCACAUCCCCUCUUACCCCAAUUCUCUCUUCCUUCUUUUCCAUCUUCUUUCUCUUCUCUUUCAUAAAAUCUCUCUCUUUUCUCGAUUUCUUUCAUCAAAAAUGCGUGAGAUUCUUCACAUCCAAGGAGGCCAAUGCGGCAACCAGAUUGGUGCCAAGUUCUGGGAGGUCGUCUGUGCCGAGCACGGUAUUGACUCCACCGGCAAGUAUCAGGGUGAUUCUGAUAUUCAGCUUGAGAGGAUUAAUGUCUAUUACAAUGAGGCUAGUGCCAGCAGGUAUGUGCCCAGGGCUGUUCUCAUGGAUCUCGAGCCUGGUACCAUGGACAGUGUCAGGUCUGGUCCUUAUGGCCAGAUCUUCCGGCCGGAUAACUUCGUUUUCGGUCAGUCCGGUGCCGGAAACAACUGGGCUAAAGGUCAUUACACCGAGGGUGCUGAGCUUAUUGAUUCUGUCCUCGAUGUUGUUCGUAAAGAAGCUGAGAAUUGUGAUUGCUUGCAGGGAUUUCAGGUUUGUCAUUCGCUUGGAGGAGGAACUGGGUCUGGUAUGGGUACUCUCCUGAUUUCAAAAAUCAGAGAGGAAUACCCAGAUAGAAUGAUGCUUACUUUCUCUGUUUUUCCCUCGCCUAAGGUCUCAGAUACUGUUGUAGAACCUUAUAACGCUACUCUAUCUGUUCACCAGCUUGUUGAAAAUGCAGAUGAGUGUAUGGUUCUUGAUAAUGAGGCACUGUAUGACAUUUGUUUCCGUACCUUGAAGCUCACCACUCCAAGUUUUGGGGAUUUGAAUCAUUUGAUAUCUGCUACGAUGUCUGGAGUUACCUGCUGUUUGAGGUUCCCUGGUCAGCUUAACUCUGACCUUCGCAAGCUUGCUGUUAAUCUCAUUCCCUUCCCUCGUCUCCACUUCUUCAUGGUGGGUUUUGCUCCUCUCACCUCCCGUGGCUCGCAGCAAUACAGAGCCCUGACAGUGCCUGAGCUCACCCAGCAAAUGUGGGAUGCCAAGAACAUGAUGUGCGCAGCUGACCCACGUCACGGUCGUUACCUGACAGCAUCCGCCAUGUUCAGGGGCAAAAUGAGCACCAAGGAAGUUGAUGAGCAAAUGAUCAAUGUCCAGAACAAGAACUCUUCCUACUUCGUUGAAUGGAUUCCCAACAAUGUGAAGUCAACAGUCUGCGAUAUCCCUCCAACAGGGUUGAAAAUGGCAUCCACCUUCAUUGGGAAUUCAACAUCAAUUCAAGAGAUGUUCAGGCGAGUAAGCGAGCAGUUCACAGCCAUGUUCAGGAGAAAGGCUUUCUUGCAUUGGUAUACAGGAGAAGGCAUGGAUGAGAUGGAAUUUACAGAGGCAGAGAGCAACAUGAAUGACUUGGUUUCAGAAUAUCAGCAAUACCAGGAUGCGACAGCGGAUGAAGAUUAUGAGGAAGAAGAAGAAUACGAGCAAGAGUGAUGGGCGUUAAGGGAUUGAACUGUGGGGCAAAUGAAUUGAUAAAAUUUUUCUAGGAAAGCGGCAAUUUCCGGCUGCCAAUCUCUGCAUAGAGAAUAGUCAAUCUGGGUAUCUGCAGCCAAUAUGAAACUCAAUAGCUAUUUUUUUAUAGUAAUUAGGCGCCUUUCAUUUCUGAAAUUUCUUUUACCUACAUAUCAUCAACCCAUGUAUGAGGGAACGAAGAUCGUUAAAACAAUGAGUUUAUAUGGAUGGAAUUAUAUAGUAAAUUCUUUGCUCCAA